GAGCGGGGGGGUGAGAGGUCACGUGUGGCGGCGGCGGCGCAUGCGCGCUGCGCGCUGUUGUUGUGGCGGCGCGGCCCGCGGCUCACCCGGCCGGGAGCGAUGAGCGACAACGAUGACAUCGAGGUGGAGAGCGACGAAGAGCAGCCGAGGUUUCAGUCCGCGGCCGACAAACGGGCUCAUCACAACGCGCUGGAGCGCAAGCGCAGGGACCACAUCAAGGACAGCUUCCACAGCCUGCGGGACUCCGUCCCCUCCCUCCAAGGAGAGAAGCAACAGGCAUCCCGGGCCCAAAUCCUGGACAAAGCCACAGAGUACAUCCAGUACAUGCGCCGGAAAAACCACACGCACCAGCAGGACAUCGAUGACCUCAAGCGGCAGAACGCUCUCCUGGAGCAGCAAGUGCGUGCACUGGAGAAGGCCCGGUCAAGUGCCCAGCUGCAGGCCAACUACCCCUCGACAGACAACAGCCUCUACACCAACCCCAAGGGCAGCACCAUCUCCGCCUUCGAUGGCGGUUCUGACUCCAGCUCCGAUUCGGAGCCCGACGAGCCACAGAGCAGGAAGAAGCUGCGCAUGGAGGCCAGUUAGGCCCCCCCACAGCCCCCUGCUGCUGUCGGCUGCCCGCCCGCCGGCUGCGUAAGGACUCUCUCCCUUCUCUCGUAGAGGCUCUCGGACUGCAGCUUCCCAGCCUUCCCCGGCCCUUUCCCCACUCCAACCACCGCGGCCCUGGGGGGAGCCGGCCAGGCAGGGCCUCGCAGCGCCCACCCAACAGACAUGGGGGGGAUCUGGGGGCCGUGAGAUGUCCCCAGUGCCCUCCCACACCUAGCAAGCUCCUCUGUCCUCUCCCUUCUGAUUUUAUAUGAGCAUUUCUAUUUAUACCUGGGGACCACAGCAGUCCAGAGCUGAAGGGUGAGGCUGCGCAGGAGCCGGGCAGCCCCCCCAAAAAGGCCAGGCCCCACAGGGGAGCUGUGCCUGCCCCCUCCCCUCCACCCCCCCGGCAAGCGCUGGGGGUCUCGCUAUUUAUUUUCUGCGUGUGCAAUUCCACCUGCCCCCAGCACCUGCGAGAGCCGGGGGGCCAGUGCCCACACCCCUCUCUUCACAGCACGGAGCCGGGGGGCUGGGCUGGUGGUCUGCGUGUGCGUCCUGCCCCCUCCUCUUUCCCUCCCUCACCCCCCAUGCCUCCCUCGGCCCCUUCCCACCUCCGUGGCAUUUUCUGAACUCUAGUGUCCCGUCCCUGCCCCGUAGGUGACCCUGUCCCCCUUUUGAUGCCAUUCAUUCCAUGGAUCUAAGGUAUGUUGUACAUACUGCCCAGAGUUGUCUUGCAAGUUAAGGCUUCCCUUUACUAUAAGACUAUAAAUAAUAAAAAAAACAACCAAACUUAUUUUUAUCCUU